UGCGGCGAACUACUGUCUGGAAUCAUGUUAAUGUCCUUUUCUACUGUGUUAAGAAGUUGAACAUGCGAUGACCCUGUGCUCUCUGAUAGGAGCUCUGUAGCGGCCAAUUCAAAUAGUAGUAGUAAUAGUAAAAACCUCAUUCUUGCUUCCCUUCCCUUUUAAUGAAAUAUGUCAUUGUCCAUAUGGAGCUGUCUCCAUGCUUUUGAAAAGAGAAAACUACCAUGACUUACAUAAAAAAUACAGUGGAGUCAUGAACCAAAAUCAGUUGUGUAGCUCUCCUCGGAGAGAGAGGCUGGAAAUAGGACAGAAUAGUGAGGAUUAAAAGGAAGAAAUGAGAGAGAGGUGGAGGAAGGGAUGGGAGGAAUGGUGAAAUGAGAAUAUGAUAGUAUGAGGUAGAACACAAAAGGAGGAGCAUGCAGGAGGAGUAGGGAGAGGAGGAUAUGGAAAAGAGCUCGCUAGUUUCACAUCUUACAUAUUACGACUGGAAAGCAAGUGAUACGACUGUGUUUGUGCCACAUUUUUGGCUGUGAUGCAGCGGAGUGGGUUCAGCUCUCAGUUUGUGGAUCGAGCUGGAAAACGUCCACUGGACUUCAAUCAUCUUAACAAAGGGGUGAGCGUGGGGGAGUCACAGCAGGGACCAGGAAGUGACUCAGACCCUGGGAUCUUAGGAUGAGGCUCCCAGUCCCAGAGAUGAGACAGUGCAAACAGCAGCAGCACUGGCCAAACCCUGCAGGCCCUCUCUGGUUGCCUCUCUCUCUCUGUCAGUGUGAAAAAGAAGGUCGCUCUAUAGAAAAAGACCCCCGACUGCAAACAGCCCAGGGCUUAAAGUGCCAGGCCCGGCCCUGACAUAGACUGUGUAAGACUGCAUUCAUUUAGGAACAUGGAAUCUGAGUUUCUGGUUGUGGCGAAGAUGUAUGUCUUGCUUCUCUACUUUUAUUAGCUGGGUGAUCUUGCAAAGCAGACAGCUCCAGCUUCAAAGUGGUUUUGAUGGAUGUUUUUAAAGAAAUAUUUCAUCAGUGGUGAUGCUUUCAACUUCUUUAAAGUUGCUGCUACAGUAGUUCAGCCUCAAGUUUUUCUAAUCUCCACUCUGCUGUCAGUGGUGGUCUUUUUAUACUUUGCUUGAUUUCUAGAUGCUUUGGGAAACAUUUGAAACCCAGUCUCUGAACUGCGUGCGCGUUUAUGUGUGUGCGUGUGUUCUAUACGUGUAUGUGUGUGUUUUGUCUUUAUGCGUGGGUUGAGUUGACCUGCUUGAUUAUAUUUUCAUUGUUUGUGAAAGACAAACUGCAAACCCUGAACGCUUUUUUCUCCACACAGAAAGUCACUUAAUUCUCCUGCCAUCUAACAUUACUGUACAUGUUAGUGAAGGUCUCAUGUUUUCUUCCUCUAGCAGCUGUUCACGCCGUCGUUUCACAUUGGCUUGGCUGCAGCAGUGGAAGGUGUGGUCUGGAUGAACGAUGCUGCCUCCUUUGUUAAACCGCUGCAAUUUAAUAUUGAAUAGUAAACAGCAAAGAAUCCGUGUGGGGUCGAUAUACAUGUAAUGAACUUCCGUUUAAUUGAUCAUAAAAGUGUAGCCUACUUGUUCAAGGAAUGCUUUUUUUUAAGUUUCCACCUGUAGCAGGAUUGAAGAUAUGUCCAGUCAACUCAAAGGAAUUAAACGAAAACUGCGAUCGUGUCAAACUGGGAAACUUGGAUUGAACUCCGACUGAAGUUUAGGGGGAAGAGGAGAAGUACUAAUCGAGCUGUUAAGGAUCGAGACUUGGUUUGAUGAGAGGAAAAACCGCGAGACGCGAGCGCUUCCUCUGACCAUGAUCAUGGGCACCAUGCGCUCCUCGCCCUGUGCGUAAGCUGCUGUGGAGCAUCCACACAUUAUGAGACGCCAUGGCAUGGUGUGACCGAGGGGUUCAGACGUUGCUGGCCGUUGUGGGGGCCUUCAUCGCCUUCAGUCUCAUGACCAUCGCCAUCGGCACCGACUACUGGCUUUACUCCCGGGCGUACAUCUGCAACGCCACCAAUGCCACCUCGGACGAGACCCAGACGCAAACCAAGAUCAGAGGCGACCUGACGCACUCUGGGCUGUGGAGGAUCUGCUGUAUUGAAGGUAUCAACAAAGGAAGCUGUUUUCGGAUCAAUCAUUUUCCAGAGGACAACGACUACGAUACAGACAGCUCAGAGUACAUCUUACGUAUAGUGCGUGCAUCAAGCCUGUUCCCCAUUCUUAGCACCAUUCUGCUGAUGUUGGGUGGCCUGUGUGUCGGGGUUGGACGCAUCUACAGCACCAAGAACAACAUCCUGCUCAGUGCUGGCAUCCUGUUUGUGGCUGCAGGCCUGAGCAACAUCAUCGGCAUCAUCGUCUACAUCUCCAGCAACGCCGGAGAUCCCAGUGACAAGAAAGACGAGGACAAGAAGAACCACUACAGCUACGGCUGGUCCUUUUACUUCGGCGCCCUCUCCUUCAUCGUGGCUGAAUCAGUGGGUGUUCUCGCAGUCAACAUAUAUAUCGAGAAAAACAAAGAGACGCGCUUUCGAGCCCGACGCGACUUCAUCAAAACCACCUCCUCCUCUUCGCCAUACUCUCGCAUUCCAAGUUACCGCUACCGACGAAGGCGCUCACGCUCCAGUUCGAGGUCGACUGACCCGUCCCGCGAGCCCUCCCCAGUGGGGAUGAAGAUCAGUGGAGGAAGUGGUGGAGGAGGAGGAGGGUUGGGGAUGGGUUUGCCAAUGGGGGAUAUAUCCCUGUACGCCCUCAGUAGGGACCCUCUGAAGGGCGGAAGUGGGACUGCUAGGCUCUACAGCCCAGAGAGGGACUCUGGGUUUUUACAAGUCCACAACUGCUUCCAGAAAGAUCUGAAAGAUGGAGUGAACAGGAGGACCACGCCAGUGUGAGAAACACAUGUUACAUGAAGUGAAGCCUCAGAUGUUAAGUGUGAGCCGCCCUGUCUGCACUUGAUCAGCAACUAUGUGUGGUAUGACUCAAAUGUAAUCAAGAUUUGACAGGAAUCGAAGCCUCUAUCUAAACUGGCUUGAAUUCUUUCUCUUUUUUUACACUUGGCAUAGCAUCAAAGAAUAUUUACUUUACCAAAAUACCCUGUGAUCACAUAAAGCAGCCUGGCUUUAUAUGUGCAAAUCCCCAAGGUUUAACACCUCACCUGCUCGAGAAAAAUUGAAUAUGAUGUCUGCUGCAACCAUUUUUACUUUGACAGACAAACCACACAAAGCAGACCAGGGUCUGCACUGCACCAUGCAAGCAUUUUAGUGGUAAUAUUAUUCUGGUGGUGUCAGUCUGUGAGAUGCUUUUGGAAAAACAAUGUGAGAUAGAUCUGUGUUUAAUAAAAGUAUCAUAUUCACAGGGUAUAUCACAGCAGGUGGCGUACAGCCAGUGGUGCAAAUGUAUGUGGAGCAAAGCUUGAAUAGAAGCGUUCAGUGGUUGAGCAAAGAAAGAAGACACAACUUCAGAUUAUUAUAUGAAAUAAAAAUGAAUUCUAAAACACAGACUAGGUGUCAAGUUUACAACAAAAGCGAAAGGAAAGCUGUUUAUUACAUGAUAAGGUGAAACAACCUUAAAAAAGAUUUGGUUUGUUUGUCAGCAACUAAAAUUUGGUUGAAUCCGAUUUAAAUUAAAGAAAGAUUUUGGUCAACAAAGCAAGAGAAUCAAAGAAUGAACACACAGCAAAAACUCCUUUCAUCAGAGUUGAAAGUAGUUAAAGGCUUCCACCACAGUGCCAUUUUAAUGAACUAAUUAACUAUUAUAGUCAUGUCUCCGCUACAUGACCCUCUCUUGGUGGUUCCCUCAUUUUUUAUGCAUAGAGCAUGUAUUUGGAUAUGAAGACAUUCAAUUUAUUGUCGUGAAAUUUCAUAAGACAAGGCCGAACAUUUCCUAUCUAUCAAAGUUUUAAUUUUUACAUUAUUAUUGUGAAUUGUGAAUUCAUAUGAUAUCAGAUCCCAUUACUAUGUUCACACAUUAGCACGUUAACUUUAUAAGGCGAUAAUACAGUAUGUCAGUGUUGUGUUUACAGCUUGUUGUGCUGGCCAAAAAAUCAGUUAAUGUAGUUUUAA